AUGGUGGGCCAACGACGGAAGAAGAAGCCUCUGCUUCUCGAUGGGAGAACGGGCGAAGGCGGCGGGCAAUUGGUCCGAAUCGCAGUAGCUUUAUCGGCUGUGACCGGCCAACCGAUCCGCAUCAUCAAUGUCCGCGGGAACCGCACCUCGGGCCGGCGUGUAGGAAAACGUGGGGCGAUGCAAGUGACCGGAGGUGGUCUCAAAAACCAGCACGUCGCCGCCAUCAAGUUUCUCGCCGAGGUGACGGAUGCCGAAGUGGAAGGACUAGUGGUUGGGUCCAAGACCCUAACCUUCAUCCCGAACGUAGGCCCCACCGCCCUCCUCAGGAGGAAUUUCAAGGUCGUGCCCGAGUCCAGCGGCGCGAGCGCAAUGCUCGCCUUCCAAGCCAUCCUCCCGUUCCUGCUCUACGCCGGCGACGAGCGGCUCGCCCAUCGAACUCGAGCUCCACGCCCUCACACCGGUGCCCCGGAGAGGCCGUAUACCGAGCCCGCCGACUUCGAAGUCAAGACCAUAGACGUCACCAUGAUCGUGCCCUUUCGCCUACAGGAGACGCUUCAGGGCGCCUUGUCCCGCAGCAUCGACAGCCUCUUCCCCGGCGUCGACAUCAACUUUGCCAAGGUCGAAGAUUCGGGCCACGGCACGAGGAUCUACGUUCUCCUCGUCGGAAUCUCCGCCGCCGGCCUGCGCUGGGGCCGCGAUGUCCUGUACGCCGUACCCAAGAACAACAACGAGACUUCCGCGUCUCUGUCCGAAAAUAUCUCGCGCCUCGCCGCCAAGGCCCUCUUUUCCGAGCUUCCCCGAUCUGGUGAGGAUGAGGGUGCGGACGACGAGGCCGCCGUGGUCGAGGGUGUUGAAAACCUCGACAUCGGCGCCGAGGCAAGCGAGGCGAUCACCUCGGAGCCCUUUGGCCACGGAACGCUGCACUCCAAAACCGCGAGAUGGAUUUCCCAGUACCUCCUCCCCGAUGCCAGGUUUCACCAGAUGGGAGAUGUUGUAGACGGCGCGGGGAUCCGCUUUGCUUGA